CCCAUUGGAAGUGAAUACAAUCCAAUUGCAAUGUUGGACUCCGAGUUUCGUGUGAGGGGUGUUGAUGGCUUGAGGGUUAUUGAUGCAAGUGUGUCUCCCAUCAUUCCUGGUGCAUUUCAAGCUGUGGCAACGACGAUGGUUGGUCAGAAGAGCUCAGAGGUUAUCCUAGAG